AUGAUUCCAAAUCAUCGUUCAGGUUAUCCGGGCGUUUUUGAUGCGUCGUCCAGAAAAACGACAAAUUCCACGGCAGGCAACUAUGCAAACAACUACAAUCGACAGCCGAGAACCUACGAUCAAACAAAUGGUCAUUAUCAACAAGUCUAUCAACAACCGCAAGUCGUGUAUCAACAACAGAACUACCAGCAUGGCGGAUAUCAACAAGGAGGUUAUCAAGGACACCAACAGCAACAAUACCAACAACAAUAUCAAUAUCAACCUUGGAACCAGCGCCAGCCGUGUACUGAAUUUGUAGAAGUGAUUGAGUACAUUGAUUUGCCUGUAAACGAGCACAAUCAAUAUCAACAACAGACAGCUGGACAUUCGCGUAACAUUCUCGAUCGGGUUUCUUAUAGUCAACCUGUGCAAUCGGUCGGCAAUUACAACGAUUAUAUCAAUGAUCAGAAACGCGGCAAGAAUCAGAGCUACAAUCAGAAUAAUGGAGGUUAUUAUCACCGUGACUACAGCACUUCGAAUCACCACACUUCAAGCUCAUCUAGAGGAGAUCAUGCCCGCUACCACUAUGACGGACAAGGACAACAGAGAUCUCAAUAUCGCCCCGGAUAUCUACGUGGCAGUGAACGAAAAACUGCACCAAUUGCUCGCGAGAAUGGGACUGAGGAGGUGCCGGCUCGUAUUCGUUCACCCGCCAAAAGUCCGCUCGAGUUGAAUAAAAUGCUGAAUCAGAUGAACCUCUCGAAGCAAGGGACAUCGCGAAACGAAGCCAAUCGACUCGAUGAAGUCUUCAAUCCAAAACUCGAAUUACUCUAUCAAAAGCUGAAAGAUAAACUCGAAGUGAUCACCGGCGAUGCUAAAGACAAAGUGCCCAAGAGCUCGAAAUCUUGGACCGAAGUGGGUUUUUCGAGUUUCGCUGAGAAAUUGGUCGAACUCGGCAUGCCAAUGGAGUAUUUUCACAAGAAAUUGAUGAUGCAAUAUAUGGCUCACGUUGCUUCAAUAUUUCCCAUGUUUGGUUUCGUCGACAUCGGCGUUCUCACCUACGUGACGGUGAUGCUUGCAGAGAAGUUGAACCGUACUCGCGAUGGCCCAAUUCGAAUGAUCGUUGUCGCCGACGAGGACUACUUACUCAAAGAUAUUAGCACCGUUUUUCGCUACCUCGGAUACAACUCGACACUCAUCAAUGGACGCUACGAUACCCUCCGAAAGCCCAAUACUCCGAUCGUUCUCGUCAAGCCUCACGUUCUUAACGAAAUGGCUUCUGAAGAAUUCCCAAAUCUUUCUUUUAUUUGGGUUCUCACCUCGGAUUCGAUGAAACCCAAUCAAGAAAUGGAAAUGAUGCAAUUCUACAAAACGUUUACAUUCAAACAUUUGUCGAAUAAAGCCCCAAGAAGCGCUCAAAUCAAAGUAUUUCUCAACACGACUGAGGAAAAUCGAGUGCUCAUUGAUUGUGUCACAAAAGCAGAAACAAAUUUCAACUCGAGCGAUGACGCUCCUGGCUUCCGGUUCGUUCGUGAAGAGGAUGGGCAUAUGCAGAUUUGUGUCUCACCAAAGACAUGUGGCAAGGAGGAAAACAAAAAGCCUUUACCUGAAAAGCUGAACUAUUUGGACACAUCAAAUCAAGAAGACGAGAUCGCGAUUGAGCCUGAAGUGAUGGCACUGAGUGAAACUCUUUCAACCACCUCACCUUCAGAAUCGCCUAACAAUGAAUCGACUCCACCAACACCAGAAAAACCGAGUCCAAACGCAGGCGCGCUUUUCUCAUUCUCCGAGCCACCACCAAAUUUCAAACAAAAAGACAAUGAAGCGAACGGGAAA